AUGGGGAUUUCAAGUAAUGAAAACCAUAUCUUUAGCUAUUAUUAUUUAACAGUUUUGUACUUACUUACUUGCUUGGGACGUUCGAUAGCAAGCGAUGUAUUUUGUGGUAACUUGACAGUUUAUCAACGAAGGUGGAUGCUUGAAAAAACAAUGGUGCUUGCAAGCAGAGCUACAACUGACCUAAAACAAUGCCUUCAUAUCUGCUGCAGCUUGACCAACUGUGACGGAGUAACAUUUGUUGGAGUGGUUGAGAAAAAAACUGCCCAAGAAAACUGCUUACUAAUCAAAUGUUACGAUGGAUGCGAAUUCAGUACUGAUUCUGAUGAACUUUUCGAGGGCGUUUCAGUCAGAAUUACUCCGUCAAGAAAGUAUUCUUAUAUUUGCUUAAUAAUUGUCAUUUCAGUAUUUUGCAUAGGUUUUAAUAUAAUACUAAUUAGCGCAUAUAUUUGUUGGAGAAGGAAAAAAAUUCAGAAGCGGAAAGCACACAUAUCGACGAUUACAACUUUGCAUGCUUUUAAUCCUGUAUAG